AUGUUCAAGCUUCUUUCAUCUAGACAAACUGCUAGAUCUCUACUAAAGAUUGAUGUUGGUGCCUCCUUUCGAUGUCUAUCCUCCGACUCGUCAGGAGCAUUGAGUCCAGAGGCGGUCAAGGCAUCCAUCAACAAGCUAUCGCAGGAUUAUCCCCUUAGUUCUCCACUUUUCGCUUGGUCAGAGGUUGAAGGAAGAAACGCAAUAAUCAAGACUUACGAGUUCACAGAUUUCAAUCAAGCAUGGUCGUUCAUGUCGCGGACAGCUCUUUUGGCGGAAAAGAUGGAUCAUCAUCCAGAAUGGUUUAAUGUCUAUUCGACAGUUUCCGUGACACUGACAACUCACGACUGUGACGGUGUGUCAACGAAGGAUAUCAAGAUGGCAAGGGCAAUGGAUGCGUACGCAAGAGAUCUGCUCCCAGUGAGACAAGUUUAA